CACGCUGCUGUCAUGUGACUCCUCCAAGUCCAACUCACACUUCCGGUGCUGCGUGUAGCCUUCAGAAAAGUUGGAAAAGAAAAGUUAAAAUCCAAGAACAGAGUGUGGUGCUCCCGUUAAAGUUUUGGAAAGUACAUUAACAAGGCAGUUUUAAAAAAAAUGUCGAGUAACAGCUUAUCUUACAAUGAUCAAGGGGGCAUGGCGGUGGAACAUGCCAGCGAAGCAGGGCAAGAGACGACUCCAACCACGGGGUCUGGAAGUGGAUUCGGCCUCUUCAGGACCGACUACAAAAAAGAUGAUGACCUUAAAGAAAUGCUGGAGAGCAACAAGGAUUCUCUUAAGCUUGAAGCCAUGAAGAGAAUUGUUGGGUUGAUUGCGAAAGGAAAAAAUUCUUCAGACCUGUUUCCAGCUGUGGUGAAAAAUGUUGCCAGUAAAAAUAUCGAGCUCAAGAAACUUGUCUAUGUGUACUUGGUUCGAUAUGCUGAAGAGCAGCAGGAUCUUGCCCUUCUUUCAAUCAGUACAUUUCAGCGUGCAUUGAAGGAUCCCAACCAGCUCAUCCGUGCAAGUGCUCUGCGAGUUUUAUCCAGUAUCAGAGUUCCUAUUAUUGUUCCAAUCAUGAUGCUGGCGAUUAAAGAAGCAGCUAGUGAUUUGUCGCCAUAUGUUAGGAAAACUGCAGCUCAUGCAAUCCAGAAACUUUACAGCUUGGAUCCUGAUCAGAAAGAACAUUUAAUUGAAGUUAUUGAAAAACUGUUAAAGGAUAAAAGCACCUUGGUCGCUGGAAGUGUUGUGAUGGCUUUUGAAGAAGUCUGUCCAGACCGCAUAGAUCUCAUUCAUAAAAAUUACAGAAAGUUAUGCAACCUUUUGGUGGAUGUUGAGGAGUGGGGUCAAGUAGUUAUUAUUAACAUGCUGACCAGAUAUGCACGUACCCAGUUUCUGAGCCCAUGGAGAGAGGAUAAGUUAUUCAUUGAAGAUAAUGAGAAAACCUUUUAUGAAUCUGAUGAAGACAAUAAAGCCAAGAGUGCACAGACAGUGAAAGCCUAUGUGAUGGAUCCAGACCAUCAGUUACUUCUCCGAAACACUAAGCCCUUACUUCAAAGCAGAAACACAGCUGUUGUGAUGGCAGUUGCUCAGCUGUAUUGGCACCUAGCUCCAAAGGCAGAUGUAGGCAUUAUUUCCAAGUCAUUAGUUCGAUUACUCCGAAGCCACAGGGAGGUACAAUACAUAGUACUGCAGAAUAUAGCAACAAUCUCUAUUCAGAGAAAGGGCAUGUUUGAGCCAUAUUUGAAAAGUUUUUAUGUGAGGUCAACAGAUGCAACACACAUCAAGAUACUAAAACUGGAAAUCCUGACAAAUUUAGCAAAUGAAGCUAAUAUUUCUACGAUCCUCAGGGAAUUUCAGACAUACGUAAAGAGUCAAGAUAAAAUUUUUGCCGCUGCCACAAUUCAGGCUAUUGGAAGAUGUGCAACAAAUAUUACAGAAGUGACUGAUACCUGCCUAAAUGGACUUGUUCUGUUACUGUCAAAUGGAAAUGAAACUGUUGUGGCAGAAAGUGUGGUAGUUAUCAAAAACCUUUUGCAAACGCAGUCCACACAGCAUGGUGAUAUUAUUAAACAUAUGGCCAAGCUUUUGGAUAAUAUAACUGUUCCAAUGGCAAGAGCCAGCAUUCUGUGGCUUAUCGGAGAAUACUGUGAAAGAGUCCCAAAGAUAGCCCCUGAUGUACUAAGAAAAAUGGCUAAGACAUUUACCUCUGAAGAAGAGAUUGUGAAAUUACAGAUUUUAAACUUGGCUGCCAAACUAUAUCUUACAAACUCCAAACAGACGAAAUUGCUUACACAGUAUAUAUUAAAUCUGGCCAAGUAUGAUCAGAACUAUGACAUUAGAGAUCGUACAAGAUUUAUUAGGCAGCUGAUUGUUCCCAAUGAGAAGAGCGGUGCCUUGAGCAAAUAUGCAAAGAAAAUUUUUCUGGCCCCAAAGCCUGCUCCAGUCCUGGAGUCUCCAUUUAAAGAUAGGGAUCGCUUCCAGCUUGGCACAUUAUCCCAUACCCUUAACACCAAAGCCUCUGGUUAUCUGGAGCUGUCUCAAUGGCCUGAAGUAGCCCCUGACCCAUCUGUGAGAAACGUGGAGGUUAUUGAGCCGGUAAAUCAAUGGAAACCUCAAUUAGGGAAAGUUAAGACUACAAAACCAGCUCAUUCAUUCUACUCAGAUGGAGACGAGGAGGAUGAGGAGGAGGCGGCAGCUUCAGGUAGUGAAGAGAGCAGUAGUGAAGACAGCAGCAGCGGAAGUGAAGAUGAAGCAGAAGAGAAUAAAAGCAGCAGUAGUAGUAAAGGUAGUGACUCUACCUCCUCCAGCAGUGAAGGCAGUGACAGUGAAUCGGAAUCUAACAAGAAAAAGAAAACAAAGAAAAAAACAAUGACAGGGAAUGAAAGUGGCAAACAACAGUCUGUUUUGCACAAGACUGAUUCAAGUACUUCAGAGGAAAGCUCAUCUGGCUCUCAAUCAGAGUCUGAAGCAGAAACAGACUCUGACUCCGGAACUGACCAAAAUCACCAAAAACCAAAGAGCAAGAUAAAGGAAGUAAAAGAAUUAAUUAAGAAACCUGAGAUUUCUCUGCUUGACCUAGAUGACUUUGCACCUCCUCCUUCUUCUUCACCAAUCGUAAUGCCUAAGCCAGCAGUUCUGUCACCCACCCUUAUUAUGGAUUUGGAGGGUUUGUCUUUAUCUAGCACAUCAAUAGCAAUUGAUGUCACCAGUCCUGUAUAUGUUCCUGCUAAACCUCAUGAACUUCUUCAUCGGAUGAGUGGCAAAGGACUAUCAGCUCAGUACCAUUUUCCACGCCAGCCCUGCAUAUACAACUCAAAGAUGGUAUCUGUACAAGUUACAUUAUCCAAUGAAGCAGACCAAAAAAUAGAAGGUAUUCAUAUAGGAGAGAAGAAACUGCCCACUGGACUCCAGAUUUAUGAAUUUAAUAGAAUUGAAUCCCUUGAACCAGGAUCGUCUAUAACUGUAUCCAUGGGCAUUGAUUUCAAUGAUUCCACACAGUCAGCCAAUUUCCAGCUUUGCACAAAAAGUGACCAGUUCAGUGUCUCCAUUCAACCAACAGUGGGUGAGCUGCUUCUGCCUGUGACAAUGUCUGAACAAGACUUUAAAGUACAACAAGGCAAGUUAACAGGUAUGAAUGAGAACACUACUUCCAUCACUUUGGAACCAAAAAAUUCUUCUGGGCAACCUGUUGUACACAAGAUUGUCAAUGUGGCCAACCUUGGCUUGGUACCUUCAGGUCAGGACAACAUACACAGGUUUGCUGCCAAAACCGUGAAUGCUGGAACCCUGGUGCUUGUUACUUUGGAUUUAAAAGAAUCAUUGACAGCUCUGCUCAUUGUCAACACUGAAAAGACAGCAAUUGGGUCAAUGUUGCUGCGUGAAAUCAAGACUGCCCUUUCUCAGGCUUAACAGCACUACAAUCAGAAGUAAUAUGCCUAUCUCUAAAACAAUGUUCAUUCCAACUGGUAGGAUAGUGGAAACAAUAAAAUCCCAUGUGUUAUCCAGAAAUUAUAUUUUUUCUUUGGUGAUUUAGUUAUUCCUGUUUUUUCACCACUUCAGGACUAAUGUUCUUUGGCGCGCAAAUCCCUUGCAAUAUGUGAGAUUGCAUCUGCUUAGUUCUCAGAACAAUUCAGGUAUAUUGUAGCAUUUCCAUUUUCACAUAUUUGGGAAUCUAAAAAAAUAAAUAUUAGAUUCACACACUG